AUGCGCCAGCGCCUAGCCCUCCGCCGGAUCCUCCUCCAGAGGCUCUUCCGGCUCCAGACCACACGGCCCUUCACGAGCAACACCACGCCCCUCGCCUCGCGCGGCCGGCCGCAGCUCCCCUUCCUCUCGAUCCCCGUCGCCUCCUCGCGCUACCCCCGCGUCCGCUACUUCACCACCGAGAAGAAGCGCUGGCUCCGCUACGAGGGCCGCCUGUUCCUCCGCUACAACGUCUCCAUCUGGGGCGCCGCCCUGUGCGCCCUCGCCAUCGUCUUCCUGCUGAACCAGGAGGCCCUGGAGAAGGAGCACCCGACGCCCCACGAGUGGUCCCUCCUGACCCGCGUCGGCGUGCGCGGCGCCAAGCACGCCGCAAAGGACAGCCAGGGCCACGACGUCGACUGGGUCGAGGUCCUCGUCUCGUGCCGGGAGAUGCUCAAGAGGCUCGAGGACCCCGCCGGCGACGGCGCCGGCAUCCGCGAGCUCCUCGACGAGCCCCUGUCCAUCGAAGGCGUCGGCGCCGCCGGCAAGGACCUGUCCGCCAAGAGCGAGAACUGGAGGCGGGGCUACUACGAGCUGCUGAUGCUCCUGGCGCAGGCCUCGGAGCAGCUCGACGGCUGGGUCAGGGACAAGAAGAGCAAAUACGUCUUCCCGCCCGAGGUCGUCAUCGGCCCCUCGAACCCGCGCCCGAGACCCAUCCCGCCCGGCGCCCAGAGCGCCCCCGUGGAGGAGGACUGCGAGCCCGCCUGCGAGCCGGCUGACAACCACUACCUGCGCAUCCUCACCACCAGGGGCUUCACGGACCGCCAGAAGAUGGACGCCGCCCUGCGCUACGCCUCCUUUCUCGACUACAAGAACCUGCCCGACGCCGCCGAGAGGAUGUACCAGUGGGCGCUAUCCCUGGCGACCGAGGAGGGCACGGCGCCGUCCGGCUCGCCGCCCCAGGUCGACCCCCGCACCUACACCCUCGUCAACGACAAGCUGUCGCCGCCGCCGUCCGAGAACCUGCUGACCGUCCUCACCUCCAUCGCCCUGCACAAGGCCCGCGCCGGAGACGUCAGCGCCGCCCUGCCCAUCUUCGUCUCCGUCCUGCGCGCCCGCCGCGCCCUCCCGCAGACGCCCCCCGCGGACCAGGAGCGCCCCUCCGACGCCCGCCCCGCCACUCUCUGGCAGCGCGUCUGGGACCUCGCCCGCCCGCCACGUUACCCACGUCAACGUCUCGACGUGGUCGAGCGCCUGCCAAGACAUACGGUGUGCCAAGGAAUGGAGAGUCGCCUCAAUGGGACACGACCUCCGAUUGACCCUGGUAUUUCCCGGGUAGCCCUCGGGUUGGAUGCCGGUGGCGCUGUCUUAACACUGAUCGCCCAGGGAGAGUUUUCGACGCCUCGUUCGACGGUUCCCGCCCCCCCUUCCUGGCCGCCACCCCCCGCCGAGCUCUCUCCUGUUUGUCUUCACGUCUUCAACCCUGUACAUCGGCGGAGGAUCCUCUUACGCCGCCCAAGGGACGGGCGGGGCGCAGUGCGAACCGCGAGGGAGGGGCCUUCGCGGUGGGACGGCGCUGACGCCGUCGACCUCGCCGAGGAGCAGCUCCGCGCCAUUGGCCCGUCGGGCGGCGACGGCGAAGCCCGGCGCACGUGCCGCGAGUGCCUCAGCACGGGGCUGCAGAACUGGUCGACCAUGGUCGCGAGGCUGGCCCGGGAGGAGGAGGAGGAGAAGAAGGCCAAGGCCAAGGCGGGUCCCGUCAAAUCCGCCUUUGGCUUCUGGAGCGAGGCCAAGACGGCCGCCGACGACGGCGACGAGGGCAGGUGGGUGGCGGAGGAGAAGGUCGUCAAGGAGAGGGUGCGGCGGACGAGGGAGCUGCUGGUGCAGGCCGAGCGGCCCGCCUCUGGGCUGGCCUCUCUGCUCCAGGUGUAA